CACGCUACAAAUUUUAGUCGUCCUCUUUCUCAUCGCUGUUGCUGAGUGAAGUGAGGGUUUCACUUUCUCCGGCGAAUUUUUCCGGUUCCGGCAGCCGCCCAUGCCAGUUCCUCUCCCUUCUCCUCAUUAUUUUCACACAAAAAACAAGUUCAGGUGAUUUAAACCGAGUGAGUUGUCACUUGAAUGGAUAUGGGUGAUGGAGGAUGUGGGUAGAAAACCACUUGGGUGAUCUUUAGGCUCUUGCCCACUCAAACCAGAACCAAGAAAAGGGUGGUUGAUGGAAGAAGAGGAACAACAAGAAGAACAAUGCGCCACGGACGAGGAAGAACAGCAGCCCUCUACUCUUCUGCUCUUCUUGCCCUCGCUAGAAACAAAACCACUACCACCACCACUACUACUUUCGAACUUGGGAAUCUCCUCCUGGUUUCUGCUGUUGUUGAAGCUCUCUCCAAAAAUGGAGGAAGUCGAAACCUGGAUGAGGACUCCAUUCCCAUCUGUGAGUCUCUUGUCCUGCAAGUCCUCGGAAGGAGUUCUCUUGAUGUAUCCAAGAAGGUGGAUUUCUUCAGGUGGUGUUCUCUCAGGCCCAACUACAAGCACUCUGCAAAAGCCUACACCCAAAUUUUCCGUGCUAUUUGCUGCCGCCAUCACGACCACGAGAUCAUUGAUCUACUGAAUUCCAUGAAGCGAGAUGGUGUUGUCCUUGAUUCUGGGACCUUUAAGCUGCUUCUUGAUGCGUUCAUCCAGAUGGGCAAAUUUGAUUUUGCCCUUGAAAUCUUGGACCACAUGGAGGAAGAAUUGGGGAGAAGUAGCAGUUGCUUGAAUUUUGACGUUUAUAACUCCGUGCUGGUUGCACUUGUUCGUAAAGAGCAGAUGGGUCUGGCCUUGUCUAUCUUCUUUAAGCUCUUAGAAGCCUCAAAUGGCAAUGACGAUGGGUCUUGUGCAAUUCCUGAUGCUAUUGUUUGUAAUGAAUUGUUUGUUGCACUCAGGAAGGCAGACAUGAGGGAUGAGUUUGCUAGGGUUUUCGACAAACUGAGAGAGAAGAAACAGUUUGCACUGGACUUAUGGGGCUACAAUAUAUGUAUUCAUGCAUUUGGGUGUUGGGGUGAUCUGGGUAUGUCCCUGAGCCUCUUCAGAGAGAUGAAGGAAAGGAGUCAGGGCUCUGAUGGUUCAUUUGGUCCAGAUUUGUGCACAUACAACAGCCUGAUUCACAUUCUGUGCUUGGCCGGGAAGGUUAAGGAUGCUCUCAUUGUUUGGGAGGAAUUGAAGGAUUCUGGUCACGAACCCGAUGCCUCCACCUACCGAAUCAUUAUACAAGGCUGUUGUAAAUCCUAUCGGAUAGACGAUGCGAUAAAAAUAUUUAGUGAGAUGCAGUACAAUGGGUUUUGUCCCAAUAAUGUUGUUUAUAACUCCCUCUUAGAUGGGUUGCUCAAGGCUAGGAGACUUACAGAAGCAUGCCAACUGUUCGAGAAAAUGGUUGAGGAUGGUGUGAGGGCCUCCUGUUGGACAUACAAUAUACUGAUUGAUGGAUUGUUCAAAAAUGGAAGAGCUGUAGCCGGAUACACACUGUUUUGUGAUUUGAAGAAGAAAGGACCGUUUGUGGAUGGGAUUACGUAUAGCAUUGUCAUUUUGUGCCUUUGUAGGGAGGGCCAGAUUGAGGAUGCCUUGCAGUUAGUGGAGGAGAUGGAAGGCAGAGGCUUUGUUGUUGAUCUAGUUACCAUGACAUCACUCUUGAUUGGGCUUCAUAGGCAAGGCCGUGGGGAGUGGACAGAGAGGCUCAUGAAACACAUCAGGGAUGGCAAUCUGGUACCAACCGUGCUCAAGUGGAAAGCCAAUAUGGAAGCUUAUGUUAAAAGUCCACAGAGCAGAAAUAAGGAUUUCACACCUAUGUUCCCAUCUAAAGGUGACUUCAGCGACAUCAUGAAUUUGAUAAGUUCACAUGACAUGGGGAUUGAUAUUGGCCCUGAUUUAAAGGCUGAUGGGCACCAAGAUGAGGAGUUCCCUUCCAGUGACACUGAUCCGUGGUCGUCAUCCCCAUAUAUGGAUCGGUUGGCCAAUCAAGUGAACUCCAAUGACCAUUCUAUUCAAACGUUCUCGCUGUCUAGGGGAAGACGAGUUCAAGUGAAAUGUGUAGACUCUUUUGAUAUUGAUAUGGUCAAUACCUACUUGUCAAUAUUUUUGGCCAAGGGAAAGCUCAGUUUAGCCUGCAAGUUGUUUGAGAUUUUCACCAACAUGGGUGUCAACCCUGUGAGUUACACCUACAAUUCCAUGAUGAGUUCAUUUGUGAAAAGGGGCUAUUUCAAUGAGGCUUGGGGUGUUCUUCAUGAAAUGGGUGAGAAUGUAUGCCCAGCGGACAUUGCGACGUAUAAUGUGAUUAUUCAAGGCCUGGGGAAGAUGGGAAAGGCAGAUCUAGCCAGUGCUGUUCUUGAUAAACUAGUGAAGCAGGGCGGUUAUCUUGACAUUGUGAUGUAUAAUACCCUGAUUAAUGCACUUGGUAAAGCUGGUCGGAUUGAUGAAGCAAGCAAGCUUUUUGAGCAGAUGAGGACUAGUGGGAUAAAUCCUGAUGUUGUCACUUAUAAUACACUCAUUGAAGUUCAUAGUAAGGCUGGUCGAUUAAAGGAUGCAUACAAGUUCUUAAAGAUGAUGUUGGAUGCUGGCUGUCCUCCAAACCAUGUGACUGACACAACCCUGGACUUUCUAGAGAAGGAGAUUGAAAAACUGAGAUACCAAAAGGCAUCAAUAAAACGGAUAAAUAAGGACGAUUCUUCUUGAAAAACAACUCAUUGGAGAAAGUUGGUCAGAAGUAACCGAAACUUCCUUUGACCUUUGAGACAUUAAAUUACCUAAAAUUUGAGAUCUUUAGUCUUGAAUGCUAUUGAAUCAGCAUCUUAUUUACCAAGCCACUGGCAGUUAGAUGGGUGCUAUUUUGCAGAUUCUUGAUAUUUGGUGCAAUUAUAGCAGAAAUAUGAUCAGAAGUGCCAUCCAAGGGGGUUUCUGUUAAAUCAAUUGAUUUGGGGCAAUCACAUGGUUAGGUGGAGAAGUGAUAUGUCAAUCUGCGGAAAGCUUAUAUAUAUAUUAGAAACUUGAACAAAAGGGUUUUCCUUAACAUUGGAGUCCAUGGAACAACUUGAUAUUGGAGGUAAGCUCUUCUCACUCCUCAAUUUUGUGUAUAUGUAAACAUGCCAGUCCAUGUUUUGUAGUAUCUACUCUACAUCCAGUAAUCAUCAAAUUGAUGCUUUGAAUUGAUGCAAAAUUGGGUUUAUCAAUUUUAUUUUUGCUAAGAUAGAGAGUUGAUGUAUUUUUUUGCUAAAAAGAAUUUCUCAAUGAAAAGCCAAAGUAAUUUCUUUUGCACUAUCAGAUUAAGCUGAAUAUCAACGGCUUUAUGUUGGCAUGACAUCAAGCUUUAACAAGGAAUCAAGCCAAAUGCAAUAAAAAAUUGUCAAUUAGUGUUAUUAUGGAAUCCACUCACAUUUAUGUAUGUAUCAAAAGCCAAUACUUGAUGGCAUCCAGUUUAGUUUAUAUAUUUCAAUUAUUGAGGUCUUGAGUUUGACUUUGGGUGGUAUAAGAGACAAUGAGAUACAUUUUUCACUUUUUAUUUUUCAUUUAAAUAAAUAAAAAAAAACUUUAGCUUAUCUUUAUGUAGGCUUCCAUAACCUUAUCAAUUGGAUUCUCCAAUAUGACCAUUCUGUAGCUGCCAGUCCCAACCGAAGCCACAAUUUGAUUUAUUUAAUUUUAACAUCCAAUAUUGAAAAAGAGAAUGAGAAAAAUCCAAAACUGAAAAUAGCUUUUAUACAAUGUAGUGGAAAAAUGAAAUUUGAGGACCAGUAGGUAUAGAACUGACCAAAUGAAUCAAGAAAAUGAAAUAAAUAAGAGACAACAAAUGCUUAUUCUUGCAUCUUGUCUUCAAUACCUACGCCUUUAUUGCCUGUUGUUCUCCAUAUCUCCUAAUUUUCUGAGUUUUCUGCGAUGGAAAACAAGAAAGAAAGAAAUAUUCAACAUCAUAUGUACACAUAUUUUUUUUAGAGAAAUCUAGAGCCAACUCAAAAAAGAUUAGAACCCAUAAUUAAACUAAAUUAAUCGAUUCUCUUGUGACCAAACCAAAAAAAACCAAGUAACCAAACCAAAUUAAGCUAAAGUAAGUUGAGUUGGUUUAGUUCUUAGAUUAACCCAACCCAGAAACAGAAAGGCGGAGUUUAGUUAAGGAUGUGAACUAAUUGCAGAGUACUAACCUCGAUGCAUGAUGCAUCAAGUUUUGACAGUAGUGACAUACUUGAUGAGCAUCCCAACAACUUCUGGUGAUACCCUUGAUGACGUCUCCUUCAAAUUUUUAAUCUUCUUGUCUGUUUCCACUUCAAGCUGUUUUGCAGUUGAUCCAGAGCUCCCACUUGUCUACACACACACACACAUGCACACACACACACACAUGUACAUCACACCAAAAUGACAAUAACAAUAAUGAAUUUUUUCAGCUCUAAUAAAUGAUUAAAUAAAUAAAAAGAGAAUUUGGAGAACAUAGAAAGAUGUCAAUGAAGAUCCUAGCUAGGAUUGAUUAUGUUCUAUGGUUGCUAUAUAUUAAGAAGAUGGUAAGAUGAUGAUGAUGAUGAUGUUUUGACAGAUAUUACCGUGGAAAUUUUAUUUUGAUAUUCUGUAUCCAUAUAUGAACGAUAAUUUGCUACUUCUCUCUCAGCCUCAUCUUUAGCCUGCUUCAACCUUGUCAUUUUCACUGAAGAGCAGACAAUUACAGUGAUGGAUACAAAGUGUUAAAGAAAAAAAAACACACGCACACACACAAACAAAAAGAAAAAAGAAAAAAAGAAAAAAAAAAACAGUAGAAAGAAAGAAAGAAAGAACAAGGAGGAAAGCAAGUUUUGAAUACAAUCAACUGAACAAAAAAAAUUGUUUUAAAUGAACUUCUAAAUUUUCCCAUUUGAUGGGAUUUAAGGCUUGGCUUGGUUUGGUUUGGUUUGGUUUAUAUACUUCUAGAUUUAAAAUGAAUGACUAGAGUUCAUAUGUAACUUCUGUAUAUAGAUAUGGGUUAGAUUUUACAGUUUCUAGCAGCAGUUACAAUUUGCUGGGCUUCCUGUUCUGCAGUUAGAAGCAUCUGAAUGCCUCCUUGUCCUUUCAUGGAAUCCAUUGUAAAAUUUGCAACCUAAAUAAAAAAAAAAACCCUAUAAGAUCAAUAUAUAUGCUUGCAUAUGAUCUGUAACAUUUAUGUUGUACAAUUA